AUGGCAAGCGUGUUUUGGGACGUGGAGGAUUUCCCGUUCCCUGCUGGUUGGAGACCCGAUGAGAUCUACGAGAAGAUCGAGUCAGCCUUUAGUGAGAAGGGUGUUGAGGGUGAGAUGUCAGUAUGGGCUUAUGUUGAUGACAAGGAAGGGUCUUGGGGUGGAGAUUUUCUGAGGAAGAAUACUUGGGAAUCAAGUAUCUACUUCCUACCCGGAGGGAAGAAUAAAUCCGCGAGAAGUGAUAGAAUGUUACAUGACAUACAUUUAUGGGCAAUGGACUCUCCUGCUCCAGCGGACUUGAUCCUAGUAUCGGGUAAAGUCAAGAAGGACAAGGGCUUCACCAGAAGGCUUAGAGGUUUGGAUAUGCGUAACUACAGGGUUUUCUUGAUAACUCCGCGUGAGACCACCGUUGCACCAGCAAAGAGCAGCUGUGAAUGGCCAAAAUUCACAAUUCGGUGGAGAAUACGGUUUAGGCCAGAAUAG